CCCCCUCCGUGCGACCGGAAGUGACGACUGGGUUGGGGGGGGGCCCGCGGUGCGGCGGGGAGGCCGCGGGGCCGGCAGCGAGCGGCGGCGAUGGCGGAGGAGGGAAAAGGCGGUUACAGCGAACACGAUGACCGCGUGGGCGGCCGAGGUUUUUCCGGGCGCCGGAGAAAAGGCCGCGGUCCAUUCCGUGGGAAGAUGUACAGCGAAAUGAACCAUCGGCCCCGCAGCCGCGGCGGCUCCGAGCUCCGACCGCGUCAGGACGACGACGACGGAGACGUCCCCAUGAGCGAAGCCCACGAGGGGCCUCGGGGCCGAUACCUUCCCUACGGCCCUCGGCCCAACCGCAACCCCAACAUCCACAUCACGGUCCGACGGGACCCCAACGCCGAGCGCGGUGGCGGCGGUGGCAGCAGCCGCGAGGGCGGACGUAGGAAUUGGUUUAAGAUCACGAUUCCCUACGGGAAGAAAUACGACAAAUCGUGGCUGCUGAGCUCCAUUCAGAACCUCUGCAGCGUUCCCUUCACCCCCGUCGAGGUGAGGCCGUGGAUCCCACCCGGAAAGGGGGGAAAAUGGGGGAGAAGGGGCGAAAAGGGGGUGUAA